AACUGUAAGGUGUAAAAUUGUCAGCUAAAUGUGGUGCAUGUUUGGAAGCUAGCUAAUAGUGUAAAAGUUAGCUCACUGUUUGAAAGCAGGCUAACUGUCAUUACAGCUAUCCAUUUUCUUUCUGGAGUUGGACACAGAAAUUAUAAAGACUUACUGAAGACUGUUAAUAGCUUUAACAGCUGUGUAUUUUUGGGUGUUCCGGCUCUACGCUCCGUAGGAUUUUCACCUGGUGUUUUCCCAGGCAAAGUAGACAGUUUGCAGGAGACCAGACUCAGCAUUUCACACAGAGCCAGCAGUAACGGUGAAGUGAAUGGUUUUGAGGUUUAUUUCUCUAUUAAAAUGAUUCCUCUAAUGGUUAAUUACCACAUUAAAAUGGUUUAUCCCUAUCAGUAUCCAUAUCCUGGGAAGGCGUCAGAGUAAACUCUGCGUCAGUGUUGGUCUCCUGUGGAAUGGCAGGAGCUUUGAGCUCUAGGGACUCUAGUUCAGCAUGAGCUCUGAACUUUUCUGUCUCCUGGGAGUGUUCUAGUGUCCCAUUGUCAAAACUGUUCCGAGCACUGGAAAGUUCCCACACUGGAAAAGUCCCACGAUGAAAGCCAUACAAAGCAGAUCGUUACUCACUACGCUCAAUUAGAAAUUAGAAAAGGUAUCACAUUUACAGUUUGAUUUUGAGAAAACAUUAGAAUGUUUGUUGUUCCUUGGUAAUUAUUAAAGUAUGUUUGAAUAUGGACUCUCUUCCCUAAUCCAAGUCAUUUUGAAUGAUAUAUCGUCCCAUUUAUCCGUGUCUUGGCAGACCAACCAAAGGAAACAGCAACUCAAGAAUCUUCAGUAGAAUACAGGACAGACUGAUUUAAAACAGGCCUGAAAGAGUGUGCUUCUGUGUGUGUACGUGUGUGUGUGUACGUGUGUGUGUGUCUCUGUGUGUGUGUACAGUACUGAAGGCUGGCGACAGGACAGGAAAUUCAGACACUUACAUAACAAACUAGCAAUGAUGGAGGAGAGGACUGGCUGACACACACACACACACACACACACACACACACACACACACCCUUAUCUCACACCGCCGUCAUGCAUGGAUCAGAUUAGAAGCAUGCCUCCAUGUUACAGAUUUAGCGUAGAUGUUCUGAGGCUGCUGUAUAUCUCAAAGGCAAUCUUAUGUUUACUCUGCAUCUGAUAUUCAGCAGUCCCUUCCCUGGAUAAUAUGCGGUGUACGUUCCCACAACGUGUGUAACCACUUCAUCUUUUCUCCGCCUCUGUUCAAACAAAACCAUCAAAUAAACAUCCCAUUAUUGGCAUCACACAGAAAUUUGUCAGCGGUGAGUGGUCUUUGGCGGCCAAAGCUGUUUGUCUGGCCUCAGACUCUUAGAUUAAGGAUUGUGGGGGAGCCUCAUGAAAUAGAGAUAUGUCCUAAUGGCUGGAUUAGCGUGGGCGCAUGUUGGAGCACGAAAGGCAUCGUCCUCCUCUCGGUAAUUGACGGGCUGUAUUUCUGGACCUCUGCGAGGGGCCACUCUCUUGGCGGAAUGCCCAGGCUUCGAUCAUCGCGUUUCCAAACCGGAGAACAUCGUGACACUCCUGAUUUACGACACCCCACCCUUCCCUCGCCCGGCCCCGGGAAGCCCAAGCAUCGCGCCCUGCCAGUCUCAGACGCGGCUCUCUGCCUGCGUAUAGGGCAGCAGGAUACACUCUCUGUGCUUUUCUGGGGGUUCCACACAGAGAGGAAGAGGAGGAGGACUCCAGCCUGCCGCGGGGACCACGGACUGUUGGUUGGGAGAGCGGAGCAAAGAUAAGUGCUUCGGAUGAAAAGAGAGCAGGGGGAACCCUAGGAAAAGAGGAGCGCGGAGAGGAGGUCUCGGCCGAGGAGAGGACCAGCGCGGAUUAGCUCACACCACCUCUCCUGCUUUCACAGAGCUGUUCACAGAACUUUUCCUUCUCCAUGGAUGUGAACUGCAACACAGGGGGCGACAGGGAGCGGAUGACGGCCAACCAUGAGACAUACCUGCUCAUGGCCAGCACACAGAAUGACAUGGAGGAUUGGGUGAAGACCAUCCGCAGGGUUAUAUGGGCUCCCUUUGGUGGAGGCAUUUUCGGUCAGAAGCUAGAGGAGACGGUGCGCUAUGAGCGUCGUUAUGGCAACAAGCUGGCGCCAAUGCUGGUGGAGCAGUGCGUGGACUUCAUCCGGCACAGGGGUCUUAAAGAGGAGGGUCUCUUCCGUCUCCCGGGACAGGCCAACCUCGUCAAGGAGCUCCAGGACGCCUUCGACUGCGGCGAGAAGCCGGCGUUCAACAGUACCACAGAUGUCCACACGGUGGCGUCCCUGCUGAAACUGUACCUGCGGGAGCUUCCAGAGCCGGUUAUCCCCUUCUGCAAGUAUGACGAGUUCCUGGCCUGCACCAAAACGCUUAGCAAGGAGCAGGACACAGGAAUGAAGGAGUUAAGAAGACAAGUAGAAAGCCUACCUCUAGUCAACUACAAUCUCUUGAAGUACAUAUGCAGAUUCUUGGAUGAAGUGCAGUCCUACUCGGGCGUGAAUAAGAUGAGCGUGCAGAACUUGGCCACAGUCUUUGGCCCGAACAUCCUGCGGCCCCGAGUGGAGGACCCAGUGGCAAUAAUGGAGGGUGCAGUUAUGGUUCAGCAGCUCAUGGCAGUUCUGAUCGGGCAGCACGGCGUCCUCUUCCCUUCGGACGACGGCGAGAGUCCCAGCACUCCCGAGCUCUGCAACAACAACAAUAACGGCGACUCCCCGAAGCGCCCGACUGCGAGCCAGCUGCAGAACCGCGAGAACAACAACACCGGCCCCGGGCGACAGUGCACCUGGGAGACGCCCGGCUCGCCCGGCCGGGCCGGACAGGACGACGGCUCGCCGCGUUCGGGCAGCCCCCGCAACGGCCCGACCCCCGGGCGCUUCGAGCUGACACGCAGCCCGCCCGCGCUGGUGAAGAAGAACCCGGCGUUCAGCAAAGGCAGCGGCAUCGUCACCAACGGCUCCUUCAGCUCCUCGUCUUCGUCGUCGCCCUCGGCCGAGCCCGGCCAGGACAAGGGCCCGGCGCCGCCCGGAGCUGGCGCCCUGCAGACCCGCCGCCAGGGGGCGCUCAAAGGCCCUGGUACCAAGAUGGGCGUGCAGAAUGGCGGCGUGCGGAUGGGCGUGUCCAGCACGGACGUGGUUAACGGGACACUGAACGGACGGAACGGGCUGUGGUCCCCGCCCGGCUACGUGACGUUCCGGGAAGGGAAGGGGAGGGAUGGCGAGCAGCAGCACCGCCUCUCCACCUAUGACAACGUGCAGGUGGGCGGCGGCCAGCAGACGGUGGGCGGCGGCCAGCCGGGUGCAGGCAGUGGCAGCGAGGACAAGCAGAGUAUAGACAGCGCCACCUGGUCCACGUCAUCCUGCGAGAUCUCGCUCCCGGACAACUCCACGUCCUUCCGCUCGUCCACCACCACCUGUCCCGAGCAGGACUUCUACGCGGCCGGCCUGGAGGACGCACUGCUGGACGGAGCCACCGCCCACGACGGCAAGGGGACAGAGCGGCACAACAGCAACGGAGGAGGAAGGAGCAGGGCGAUGAGCAGUAGUGAGAACAGCGAGACUGCGUUCCCCCUGAGUAACGGCGCCGCCAACCACAGCGCCCUGCACAGCCUGGUGGCCAGUCUGAAACAGGAGAUGUUCAAACAGAAAACUGACUACGAGUGCAGGAUUAAGAGUCUGGAGCACCGUAACCUCGAGCUGGAGGCUGAGAUGUUGAGGUUGCAUGACGAUCUGGAACAGGAGCGUAAGAAGUUCACCAUGGUGGAGAUAAAACUACGCAACGCAGAGCGUGCCAAGGACGACGCAGAGAAACGCAACGACAUGCUACAGAAAGAAAUGGAGCAGUUCUUCUCCACCUUUGGUGACCUGACCGCGGACCCUCGCCGGCCAGACAGAGCCAGUACCAUCUGGAUCCAGUGAGCGGGGGGAGAGGGGACUGGACUGUACCAUCUCAUAGUGAAAGGAGAGAGGAACGGUAUGGAACCACUAACUGCAUUGUAUAGUAUUUCAACUGUACCCAUAUGAGCCCAUGUAAAAUCAGCCCUGCUAUGUUAUGGAGGUGCUCUGACUCAAAUGUGACUGAACUGGUCAGUGAGUGAAGCCCAAUGAGCCAAAUGUCUAAACUGGACCUGUAAAAAAAAAUGGCUGUAAUAAAUUAUACCAGUUGGAUCUGAUAAGAAAAGGAAACAGGGCUGUACCAUCUGGAUCAAAUGAGAAGGGGGAACAGGAAUGUACCAUCUGGAUCCAAUGAGAAGGGGGAACAGGACUGUACCAUCUGGAUCCAAUGAGAAGGGGGAACAGGACUGUACCAUCUGGAUCCAAUGAGAAGGGGGAACAGGACUGUACCAUCUGGAUCAAAUGAGAAGGGGGGAACAGGACUAUACCUGUUGGAUCCAGGAAGAGUGUUUAAAGUAUUUUAAAAGGCAGUUUUAUAAGGGAAGUUUGUAUGUGAAGCAUCUUGAUUCCUUGAGUCAGUGGAUAAUGGGAGCAUGUCGCAUUAAGGGUUAAUUUGUCCUCUAACAGACUCAAAUGAUGGGGAAAGGUGAAAGGUCUACAAAAGAACCAAGAAUGUCACAUCUCACUCUGUGAUGCAACCAAACGAGUCCCUGUCCUUCGUUUCUCUGUAUAUAAAGCAAUGUUUAACAAUUAUGAGGAAAAAAUAAUGUAUGUAUAAAAUGCAAACUAAGAUAUUUUAAUGUAUUUCCAAUAUUUAAAUGGAGAAUUAUCCAUGUUUUGCAUUUUGAUUUUAUACCAAGGCUUUACCUUGCACUUAGUGUUUUUUGUUGUUGUUGAUGUUGUUGUUUGGUGGUGGUAUGGUACUGAACCAUGGAUUGUGCAACUGAUGUUGUUUAUCCAAGACUCCAUUCUCAGUUUAAUGAUAAACUCAAGCCCCAUGACCAAACACAAAGAGACAGACCUGUAAAUAUGUGACGUAACUAUAAACAUGUUGCACCUUCUAGGCACCAUGCCUGCACUCCUAAGCCCCAGAUGCUUCCUGCUACAUGCUGAUUCGUCCUCGUCCUUUUCCUGCUAAGUGCUGAUUCGCUUUUAUCCACAACUUGAUCUGAGCUCAUUCGUCCUCGGCCACCGAGGCCAAACGCCCCAAGUGUAGAGAUGAAGAUGAAUUUGUAAGGAGGAACAAAAAACCGUACACUCUGGUUUGCAGGGGCACUGAAUCAGUUCCGAAGUGUUCGUGUCUCCUCAGGCGUCUCUUUCUUGUCUGAAGCUUGAGUCCAUUCUCAGUGUUUUAUUGAGUCUACUGUAAAAUGCAAAUUAAAUUAUGUGAAUUAAAUUUGAUAGGGUUUUUUGUUU